GGCUGGCCUCUGCAUUCACUUCUACUCAUUUCAUAUUCUUUAUCCUCGGCUCCAGAAUCACAACGUGAUCAUGAUGCUCCAAUAUCCUAUCUUUUUCACUUUCCUCGCCGCCGUCCAGGUCUAUGCUGUCCCCCUAAACAUCAACCUGGGCGCCUACUCGCCCGCUUUGGUGGUGGGUGAUGGAGAGAUAUCACUUGGCGGAGCAGGUGAAGCCAGUACGUUGAUGAGUACGCUCGCCACAGGAGCUGCCGAUGCAGCACAAGCAAACGGACAAGGAGAGGGCGAACAAGGUGAGGGUGCACCACCCACCGAGGCGCAAGUCGAGACUCCCACGGUCGAGGCUGGCGAAGCAGCAGAAGAUGGCAGUCCAGCAGCUGCAAUCCGCAAGAGCCUUGACCCUUCAGCGAUCCCAAAUGUGAAGCGCGAAGUUGAAGCUGACGGUGCGGACGCAGCACGCAAGCUCAAGAUUCGCGACUUCAAGCAAGCCCUCGACUACGCAAAGGAGGCCAUGACGAACCAGCCCAAGAUUGAGCUUGGCACAGGCGAGGGCGGGAGCGGCGUUGGUGUCGUGGUUGGACCAGGAAUCAAUGUUCCGGUUGACUCGGCCGCGAAUGGUGCGCAGCCAGAUGGAGAUGAGCCAGCGUCUGCUGAGAAGUUGAAACGUGACGCUGGGGAGAUCGAAGAGACGAAGAGAGGGGUUACGUUAUUGGCUAUGGUCGAGUUAUGAUAGUCAUUCUCUACCACGUCUGAAGAAUGAAACUCUGCACCUAUAUCACCUUUCUGGCACCAGGUGUAUCAGAGUUUGCUGGGAUGAGGAUUGGAUUGGCAUGAGUCUAGAUAUGCAACGAGUAUAAAUGAAUUCUCAUGAGCAUCGACCGGUAUCUCGAGAUUGACUUUUAUUGGCUUCUCUUUGUCCCUGAUGGUAUGUUAUUGCCAAUUGAUAGAACGAGGGUCAUCAUUGGCUCAGUACGGUAUGAUAUAGUCAAAGGAUAAGUCUAAGUGAUGUAGCGACUUUCGAAUGAAGCUUUUCAAGCACCGGGUGAGUGUACUUGGAGUUCCGCCAAGCUGCGUGAUAUACCCGUCACGCAACUCAAACGCCAAAGAAGAGAAGCCACAUGGGCAUUUGUCUUUGCUCUUAGUGUCGUCGAUUCCAGUGGCGGACUCGUAAAACGCUGGAAGAUAUAGAGAGACCCAUCGUAGCUGCUUGGCUUGUUG